AUGACAGUCAAUUGGACCAAUCAAAUAUUACUGAAGGGUAUUCAACCGGCGGAACAAUUUACGUGUCGUGACGAUCAAGACCCAGUCGCAUGGCUACAAAGUAUCGAUGAACUAUUUAUUGCCACUGGUGUCCAGAAAGAAGACAGAAGAAAAUUACUUCCAAUGUAUUUUAGUGAUGAUGUUAAAAAAUGGUACCGAAACCCUAGACAAGAACUUUUUGCUAAAACUGAUAGGAUUCUUAUAAGAAUCUUAUCAGUUUCUUAUAUAAGAUUGUUUAAGAUUUUCCAUCGACAGUCGUAAGUGUCUUAUAAGAUAUUCAUAAGAGGCUCGUAAGAAAAACAUAAAAAGGAUCAAAAAUUCUAAUGUUGUUAAUAUGUACUAGAAGGUAUCUUAUGAGUCGGCUUUUACGAUUUCUGUCAUGAUUAAGUUACUUCUACUUGCUCUCAAAUCUUUUGGGCUAGUAAGUGGCGUAACGGUCAUUUAUUCUGAUGACUUGUGAGUCGUAUUCAUCGAACUGUUAUUUUUAAAAAUAUAAAACUUUUACUAGGAUGUAUUAACUAGUUAAUCGGGCAAUAUUUUAUGCGUAACUUACAUUCCUAUCUAAAAUAACUUGAUAUAACAACAUAAACAGAGUAAGCACUUAUAGCCUAAUGGUUAAGAUCGGGCAGCUGAAUGAAAGACUACGAGUUCGAUCCUCGUUAAGUGCGAUUUAUCUUUUUAUGAACCUCGU